AUGGCCCAGCCACAGCCACCACACCGACACGGUCCCAAUUUCCACAUCACGAGUGCCGCGCUCUCUCCGUCGCAGGUCCCGCGUCUCCUAGAUAAGCUGGGUACCUUGAUGCCCUACUCCAUCCCGCUGUUCCGCAGGAUCCAGUACCACUUGAGCCAUGGGGGGUCGGAGACGGCGCGGGUUUUUGUGGCCUACGUCGACGUCGAUGUCGAUGGCACGACAGAAUCAGAUGGUACUACUACCACUACUACUACUACUACUACUACUACUACUACUACUACACAUAGUGAUGGUGGUGGUGGUGGUGGUGGUGGUGCUUGGGGGAGCGAUAUCGACGAGUGGUUGAAUCUACCGGCGACCACUUCUCGUCCGGCGUCUACUUCUGAGGACACGAAUACCAAUGCCGAUGCCGAUGCCGAUGCCAAUGCCGAUGCCAAUGCCAAUGCCAAUGCCGAUUCUCGCCCCUGGAUCGCCGCGUACAUCGACCUCGCCAACGCCGGACAGUCGCAGGGCUGGGUCUUUGCGAGCUGGGAGUGUCCUGCCAAGCCAUGGUCGGCGGCGCAGACGACGAUGCGAGACUUCGCGCACGGUAAAAGUGUGGUGGUGGCUGACCACGAGAAGUUGACUCCUCGAGAUCGAGUUCCAGGCCAAGAACCAGCAUCAAGAUCAAGGUCAAGGUCAGGUUCAACAUCAAAGUCAAGGUCAACAUCAAAAUCGACAGCAGUAGCGGGAGAAGCAAACGGAGAAGCAAAAGGAGAAGCAAAAGAAGAAGCAAAAGAAGCCCUCGACCCCCACCAGCAACAGCACCAGGCGCUCAUGACGGCCCUGUUUCAAUAUAUCUACCACGACCUCGUGGGUCUAAUGCCGACCCAGCCCGGGCCGGACUGGCUCGAACUCCUCCGCACGGGCAAGUUGCUGACCGUGCCGUACUCGCGCAACAAGGUGCUCUUCGCCACCGUCAACCUGCGCCUGAUGCCGUGGUUCCGGGUCGAGGCUCGGACGAGGAUCGACUCGGGAUAUUUCAAGUAUAUUUUCGCCAUUGACCAGCCUGACGACGACGCCGACGUUGGUCACCCUGACCCCGACGCUGGCCAGCCUGACCCUAGGACCGGUUCCGGUGGCAUUGACACUGGCCAUAGUCCCCUAGACACCAAGUCCACACCCAAACCCACACAUACAAAAUACACCCUGCCACCAGAAUAUACCUUCGGCCCACUCCAGCCGACACACCUCCAGACCGUGCUAGACCGCUCGGUCAUCCCGCGCACAUUGACGACGCUGAGACAGAUGGAUUCGCUGGGUGUGUUUCGAUGUGCGGGUGGUGCUGGUGGUGGUAAUCCCGAACAACAAGAACAAGGACAAGGACAAGGACAAGGACAAAGACAACAACAAUCACAACAACAUCAUCAGCAACCCACCGGCUCAGGAUCAGGAACCGCAUCAGGAUCAGGAGAUCCAGUGGCAUGGGCCUUUCUCGGCAAAGACGCCAGCUUCUCAAGUCUGCACACGGAGCCCGAGUACCGCGGUAAAGGCCUCGCCGCGAGUUUAGGCCGCGAGCUCCUACGACGCAGCGCCUGGGGGAAGGGGAGUCGUGCUGAAGGGACUGGUGUUGGUGCUGGUGUUGAUGUUGGUGUUGGUGUAGGUGUUGCCGACCACCCCAACCUCAACCUCAACUGGGCCCAUUCCGACGUGUCGGCCACCAACACGCCCAGUCGGCGCGUCAUGGAGAAACUGGGCGGCGUGCCCAUGUGGAAGGUCGCGUGGGUCGAGGUCGAUCUGGAUUUGUUGUUGCAUGGGCCGAGACCUCCACCGUAA